GCCAUGUCCGCCUCCCACAUCCCCAACCUCAACACCCUCCGUCGCGGCGCGGGUCGCGGCCGGUUCCGUGGUCGCGGAGGACCAGGAGCAGCAGGCGAAAAUGCCAGCGGAGCAGGCCCGGCGCAGGACCGCGUGGUCCAGGGCACCGACAAUGACGCCAGCGUGUCGCGACUGAGCGCCGUCAGUCUGGGAUAUCUCGAGGACCCGUUUGCGCAGGCAUUGACCGGUCCGGGGAUGGAGACGAGACGGAUGCCUAUUAUCAAUAGAGGAACCUACGUCCGCACCACCGCCAUCGACCACCUCGUCCACCACUUCCUCUCCUCCCCAUCCGCUACACAGAAAAAACAAAUCAUCUCCCUGGGCGCCGGCUCCGACACGCGAGUCUUCCGACUACUCUCCUCCCGCCCCCGGCCGGACAUCAUCUACCACGAGCUGGACUUCGCCGUCAACACGACCUCCAAGAUAAAAUUCAUCCGCGCGUCGCCUCUGCUUCAACGGAGUCUGGGGCCUGAUGUCACGAUCUCUCCUGCUGGGGAUGCUCUGCACUCGCCGGAGUACCAUCUGCAUCCGGUUGAUUUGCGCACGUUGGCAGCUGCAGCUGCAGCUUCGACGCCAAAUACAAACAAAGAUAUCCUCCCCUUCGUCGACACCACCCUCCCCACCCUCCUCAUCUCCGAAUGCUGUCUUAUAUACCUCACUCCCACCGAAGCAAGCGGUGUGAUCCGGUACUUUACUGAGGUUCUUUUUCCUGCUGCCGCCACCACCACCACCACCACUACCCCCCCAGACCGGCCAACAGUACGACCCCCCUCGGCCUAAUAAUCUACGAACCCGUCCGCCCGAACGACCCCUUCGGCCGCACCAUGGUGUCCAACCUCGCGACGCGCGGGAUCCAGCUACAGACGCUGCAGCAGUACGCGACGCUGGAGGCGCAGCGGGGAAGGCUCCGGGCGCACGGGCUCGCGGACGGGCAGGGGCGGCGGACGUGG